AUGGCGAAGUCAUUGCAAAACUUCUUUAUGGCCUUCGAACCGUUGCUCCGAAAAGUGGUGCAAGAAGAGGUGGAUCGUGGACUGCUUCAUAGCACGCGUCUGCUUCCAAGGCCUUCCCAAAUGCAUAUUGAAGCGGCAGAGCCGCCUAGCAUGAAACUAAUCUUCAAAAGACAACCAUCACUCCCAAUCUUCACAGGGAGCAGGAUUGAGGAUGAGGAUAAUAACCCUCUCCAGGUCCUCCUUGUAGACACCCAUAACAGGGAAAUACACCCGUCCUCGCUCCCAUCACCUCUCAAGGUAGAAGUAGUGGUCCUUGAUGGCGAUUUUCCUUCUAAUGAUCGCGAAGACUGGACAAGCACCGAGUUCCAGAAGAGCAUAGUGGAAGAAAGGAAAGGAAAGAGGCCAUUGAUUACAGGAGAAGUCAACCUCACACUGAGAGAUGGGACCGCUUUCAUCUCGGAUCUCACAUUUACGGAUAACUCGAGUUGGAUAAGAAGUAGGCACUUCAGGAUAGGUGCAAGAAUUGUGCCAGGGAGCUAUGAUGGACCGAGAAUUAAAGAAGCCAUGACCGAACCUUUCACAGUUAAAGAUCACCGAGGCGAAUCGUACAGGAAGCAUUAUCCACCAUCUCUCGGCGACGAGGUAUGGCGACUGGAUAGGAUUGGAAAGGAUGGGGCAUUUCACAAGAGGCUAUCGGCUGCACGUAUCGAGACAGUCCAAGACUUCUUGAAGCUCUCGGUUAUCGACCCUGAUGAACUCCGCAGGAUACUGGGAGUUAAUAUGUCAGAGCGGAUGUGGGAGGGAAUAUAUAGUCAUGCAAGAACCUGCGACUUGGGUACCAAGAUUUACUUGCACCGUGGACACGAUUGCACCCUCCUCUUGAACCCCAUAUGUGAAGUUGUUGGGAUUAUGGCUCAUGGCGUGACGUGCACGCUAAAGGAUCUUAACCUAUCUCAGAAGGCCUACGUACAGCAGCUGGUCCGAGAGGCAUAUCAAAACUGGGAUAAGUUGGAAGAAGCUGAUGGGUUGCUCGAUGCCGACGUUCCUCUACUUGAAAAUGAACCUGUGCACCAGGGUGGGAUGGAAUCAUCGAGUUGGUAUCCAAUAAAGCAAGAAACCGCCGCAUUAGCCUAUCAAAUGGGGGGGUUUGAUGAGCCUGGAGCUCCUCCAAAUUAACAAUCUCCAUCUUGCAUUUAGUGGUCCUCGGAUUCCGUGGAAUCUAGAUAUGUGAGGUUUAGAUUGAAGAUGACACGAGCUCUUGUUCAUCCUUUCUAAAUUGGCAGUCAAGCUGGAAAGAAGCUGUCAAGUAGCAGUCUUGAUGUACAUUAACAAGGGUAUAAGAAGAUCCUGUCAGCUGCCCUGAUUGCUUGCAUACAGUAAGAGCAAGCUAAGCAUGCAAGAAGAGGCGCUUUUUUCCGUUCUGUGUUUACCUUUUUUUUUUUUUUUCCCCUUUUGUAUUUUUCUUUUCCCUGCAGAAGAUGAGAUUUGAAGUUGUUUCAAGGUAUAGGUGGAGUAGAGUUAUGUCCUUUACAUCUGUUACGUUAGUGUGCUGUUCUCUCCCAUUUUGUAUGAAUGAAAAUUAGAUUAUCAACAUUA